UAGUGACGCUGGUUGAAUUAACCUUACGUAGCUUCAAAGAAACUGUUUAAGGAGCGGAAAGACAUUACUAACACAUUUAAUGCAGGUUCACAUGCGAUAUUCCCACUGGUCCGUUAAAAGAAUGGCAGUAAAAAUCAUUUUAGCUGCUGUUUGCUGACGCGAUAGACCACGGAAGCCAUUUCUAAGAAGAAUAGCUACAAAAAGCGCCCUUUAUGUGAGAAAGGGAUUUCUCCAGCAGUGAAAAUAGUUGCCUGACAAGCCGAGUGACGCACAGAGCACUGAUGCUUAUUCAUGAAUGGACUGAAGAUAUAAAGGUUACGUAGCUCUUCGUUGUCACAGUAACGGCGUGAUUUAUGAAAUGGCACAUUUUCAGUACACACCACUGCCAACAGUUUUUCUUAGCAGUAAUUUUCUUUAUACGUCGUUUGUUUUUGAAUUUAUUUUACGUUAUAUUUUUAUUAGAUGCAAACGUGCUGUUCAGAAAUGCUCGAAAAUGUCGAUACGUACAGAGCAUGCGCAGUCGGCAACACACUGAAGCGGUAAUUGGCGGAAAAAUAGGAGAGUGUAAUUUGUCAAUGAGCAAAGUCCUGCCUGAGAGAAAAGGUGACCACCUAAAUCAGGUGUUACUGGGGAAAAGAAACAGGACAAAUAGGAAAUUUCACACUGGCUUAGACGAAAUGGCUUCUCUCCCAACAAUGAAGAACAUUCCCAAUGUUGAAAAUGCCUUUAAAGCAUCCAAGAAACACAAAAACAAGAAAACGAAAAAGGAAAAAAAGGAUAAGAGCAAAAAGCAUGUGCCUGACUUCUUGUUGCACGAUGGCUGCCACGAGACAGUGUUUACACAAAUACAAGAGACUAAGAAAAGAAAACAGCCAAAGAAGAAAAUCAAACCGAAGGAAGACUUUCAGCGACCUAAAUUAAAUAAACAGCUCAAACAACCUGAAGAUAUGCACCAAACUCAGCCCAUCAUCUACAUCUCGCCUGAUCAGGAGACACCACAUUCAACUGAGAAGGAGUGUAAUAGAAGUGUGAAACGUAAAAAGAGAGUCAUUUUCAACUUGCCACCUGAGCAGAGCCAAGCUGCAAAGACAAAUGAUGAAGAAUUUGGAAAGAAGCAGCUGGUCGGCGGAAGCAGCUUGGAAUCCAGCACAGCUGAAGAAAUAAACAGCCAAGACCUGUUUAUUACACAGAAAUCAUUCUUGGAUCCGCAUGUGGAGAUCUCUAGCAGCUCAAGCUGCAGUGGGGCCACUACAGUGAAGAGGCUUGAGAACCGCUCGUGUAGUUUAACAGCCGAAGCAACCACUCAAACCGAAAACUUCUUUACCUUCCCAGUACUCUCCACCUCUCUCAAGUUUCAGCAGCAGCAGAACACGUCCAAAAGCCUGGAGGAACCGGUAGACCUGAGCCUGCCAAAUAGAACAAGACAAAGGCACGGCCCAAAACAAUCGGCUAUAGAUUCUGCGAAACCGCCCAUGCUGAAGAUAUCAGACACAUCGAGUGAAGACGGCGAUACGGUGCCCAAGGCCAAAGGUGAUCUGCUCCAGCUGAAGGUCAUCCAGACCCGCUUGAACGAGUCUUUCUUUUUUAAGGUGAAGGGUGAAGAUUCUCCAAAGCCCAUGUGCCCUUUGAUGAAGCUCACGGAAAGUGUUGAGAAAAAAACCAAGAAGUAAAAUCAGA